CACGCUGCCGCAACUGCCUGAGAUUCUUCAGACAAAACUUGAAUAAAAUCACACACGGAAUUUCAAAUUCGAUAUGUCAAGGUUCCUGGACAUAAUCGAGUUGUGUGACAACUUUCCGCAGCAUGAAUUUCUCAGAUGUGAAGCAUAUGAUCACAUGGUUGAAUCUCUAUGGCUGUUCUAUCUUCCAGGCGACCCGCACCCUCACGGCUGUCUGAUCGACUCGGUGGUGGAGCGAAUGCCGUGGACGUCCGACUUCCGCCUCACAACCGAGCCGCGAAAGCAGGUACACUUACUCAAGCGCGAGGGCACUGAGAACUGGCAAAACGACUGCGAUGAGGCGAUUCAAAGACUAGUCGACCUGGCUCGCGAGCGAAAAGUAUUCCCCCGGCUGGGGAAAAAGACGGAUGAACAGUUCCCCAUAGUCGGCGCAAAGUUCGACAUCGGCAUCGAGCGCUCAGCAUUCAGCUUGUUUGGAAUCAUCGGCCGAGGCGCCCACAUGACCGUCUACGUCCGCACCGAGCAGGGCCUCAAGUUCUGGAUCCCACGGCGCAGUGCCACCAAGUCGACCUAUCCGGGCAUGCUGGACCAGGCCGUUGCCGGGGGUGUUGCAAGAGGCGAAUCGCCACUGGAGUGUAUAGUCCGCGAGGCAGGUGAGGAGGCGGCACUCUCUGCGGACAUGGUGAGGGAGAAUGUGGUGGCUGCAGGGACUGUCACGUGGUUCAACAUCUCGGACGCAAAGGCCGGCGGUGAGCCUGGGUUGAUGAACCCGGGUAUUCUGUAUGUCUAUGACUUGCAGGUCGGGGAAGACGUCGUGUUUGAACCGGUGGAAGGCGACAUUGAGAGCUUCUCGCUGAUGGGGGCCGACGAGGUGAAGGAGUGUCUGCGCCGGGGCGACUUUAAGCCGAGCUGUGCGAUGGUCAUGCUGGACUUUUUCAUCAGGCACGGACUCAUCACUGGUGACAACGAGAAGGACUACGACACUAUUGUCAGCAGAUUACAUCGGACACUACCAUUCCGGACUUCACCGAGUCUGUGA